AUGGAUAAAUGUACCUCUUGUUCUCGUCGUUAUCCACCAGAAUUAUUCAUAUAUAAAGGAAAAACAUACAAAACAUGUAAUAAUUGCCUUACCUCCAAAGCAGAAAAAAAAAUCAAAUUAAACAAUGAUACUAAACCCAUUAUAGAAACGAUUUCAUUACAAGUACUUAGUGAAUUUGUAGCAAAACUAAUCUCCGAUGUUGAACACAAUAAUGGAAUUUCAUUUGAAGCACGUAUCGAUCUUAAUGAUGAUAUUUUUCCAAUCACAAACCUUGAUCUUAAAUCGAUAGCAAGAGUAAUUCUAGAUAAAGUUGAAGAAGGUGAUGAUUAUCCACAAUCUAGUACAGUCCUUUCUGCUGAUGGCGAUGAAGAAAGAAUCGAUCCAAAUCUUUAUCAACAAUGUGAAACUAAAGUUGUCGCAUUAGAGUAUCUAGUAAAGCAUCUUAGAGAAGAAUUAUCUGCUAAUAAUAUAAAACACAUAAAAAAUGUAAUUAACAAUAUGGAUCGUGUAUUUACUAUGAUAAAUGAUAUCAAAUCAUCACAACUCAAUAUAAGACGUGAUAAUACCUGGAAUUCAAAGCCAUGGACUAUGUUUUUAUAA